AUGGCUGAGAUGCAACAGGUGCUCCAUAAGCACGACCAGGCGUUUGCGGGCCGAACCGUCAGAGACGUUGUCACCGUGUUCGACUACCACCACCACUCGCUGGUGUUUAGUCAGAACGGGACAAGAUGGAGAGAGCUGAGAAGGAUCUGCAACAUGGAGCUGUUCACGCCCAAGAGACUGGACAUAUUAGCAGGCGUCCGGCAAGAAAAGGUUCAAGCCCUUCUCCGGCAUGUUCACAAGGCCUGUGCGGCCGGUCAUUCAGUCGAUAUCGGCUUGUGUGCGUUUGGAACCACCCUGAACUUGGUGGCAAACACCAUCUUUUCCAAGGACGUGGUGGAUCUCGAGUCGGAGUCGGCGGGAGGGUUCAAGAACUUGUUGUGGGAGAUUUUAGACCUCAACGCAAAGCCAAACCUUUCCGACUUCUUCCCGGCGCUCAGGUGGCCGAUCCUCAUGUCUGCGGCGUCGAAAUACAACUCUUAUAAAGCGGACGUGUUCAUUGGUGGAAGUGACACAACUUCUACCACCAUAGAAUGGGCCAUGACUGAACUGCUUCGACACCCAGACAAGAUGUCCAUAGCGCAGCUUGAGCUGAAAAGGACCAUCGGCUCAGAACGUCAUGUGAAGGAGUCUCAUAUCCAGCACCUCCCUUACUUACAAUCACUGGUGAAGGAGACCUUGCGGUUGCACCCGCCUGUUCCUCUUCUCGUUCCACAUAGCGCAGAUGUAACUACAGAGGUAGCUGGCUUCACCAUCCGUAAGAACACCCAAGUUCUUGUCAACGCAUGGGCCAUCGGCCCUGAUCCCGCCAGCUGGGAAAAUGCAACAUCCUUCUUACCAGAGAGGUUUCUAAAUUCUGAUGUAAAUUUCAAAGGAAAGGAUUUUCAUUUCAUCCCUUUUGGCGCCGGAAGGAGGGACUGCCCCGCCAUCCCUUUAGGGGUCCGCAUGGUUCAUCUGAUGUUGGCUUCUCUUCUCCAUUCAUUUUCAUGGAAUCUCCCACAUGGGAUGGGCCCCGAGCAACUGGAUGUGAAAGCCAAGUUUGGCUUAACUCUGCAGAAAGCUAUACCUCUCAAAGCGUUCCCUUCUCCAUGGUCCUUUGAUGGCCUGGAAUAA